CUCCGCCACGGGCUGGUAGCAGUGGUGUAGUCAAGUUAGUGUAUAAGAGAGCUGGGAUCAUGGCACUGUCUCACCCCAUGCGUCAACCAAAGAGCCUACGAAUAAUCCUCGAUUGGUUUAUCAACCGUACAACCCAAGUUUCAAAUCAUGGGUGUCACCGUAUCCCCCCACGCCCAGUCAACGGCGACGAUACGUCCCUCCGAUCCGGGCGGGGCGAAACCAGAGCCCACAUCUCCUGAACACGAUGCAGCCCCAGACGGAGGUCUUCAAGCGUGGCUCGUCGCAGCCGGCGGCGCAUGCACAAUCUUCUCUUGUCUUGGUUUUGCGAAUUCGUUCGGUGUGUUUCAGGAAUACUACGUCGCCAAUCAGCUGCGCGCAGGAUCAUCCAGUAAAAUCUCCUGGAUCGGGUCACUGUGCACAUUCCUUCAAAUUGCAGCAGGUGGACUUGGGGCCCGUUGUUUGACCAAUAUGGGGCAUGAGCCAGCUGCAGUCGUCUACGGGGUCCUUCUAGGCACCGCGAUGGCCUUUCUCCAGCUCCCGGCCUUUGCAGUCGUGUCGCAGUACUUUGACAAGAACAAAGCGGCGGCGCUCGGGCUGAUCGUGUCCGGCUCGUCCAUUGGUGGCGUUGUUUCCCCAUUUGCCGUGUCGAAAAUGCUGAACAGCUCCUCGCUUAGACUUGAAUGGUCAGUUCAUAUCAUGGGCUUUGUGGUUGUACCCAUGAUGGCGUUCGCAUGUACGGUUGUCAAGCCUCGCCUGCCUCCGCGCACGACGUCGUUCUUCAUUCCGGAAGCCUUCACUCAGGCCCAGUUCGACCUCAUCAUCGCCGCCUUCUUCUUCAUGUUCGUGGGCCUCUCCAAGCCUUUGCUCUAUCUGCCUACCUAUGCAGUGACCCGAGGCAUGGAUGCGACAUUGGAUUCCACGGGUGUGGUCGGCCUGUGUAUGGCCACAGCGGAAUCAACGGCCGGACUGGUGUUGACGCUCUGCGUAAAGGACGCACGGGAUAGUGGAACGUACUUGGGAAUGGGAAUCGCUGCUAGCUCCGUCGCCGCCUUGAUCGGGGCACUAUUCGAUCAUUAUGGAGGCUUCCUGCAAGCCUCUAUUUUCAGCGGUGUUCUGUCUUUGGCGGGCGGCUUUAUUGCUUUUGGUGCGAAAGCCAUGACGACGGAAGGCCUUCUGGGGCGGUUGAAUAUGAGCCUUACUUCUCCGCUUCUAACGCUGCUUUGCACACGUCAUCUGUGA